GUGCGCAUUUUUGGUUUUCUAAUUCUACUGUAUCAUAAAUUGUAAAACAUUGUUCAUUUAUUAUUUUUAUUGAUGACUUUUGAUAAAAAAAAACUAAAUAUCUGUAGUGUUCUGUGAUUGUAUUGAAUUCAAAAAGUUAGUUUUACAAAACAAAAAUGACAUCUAAUAAAAAUACAAAGAAUCAAGAAAAAUGGAAUGAAGGUCUUUCUGAUGAACGACUUGCUGUAUUAAUGAGUCCCUUUAAAAAUAGAGAAGUAAAUGAAGUAAACUAUGAUAGUAAAAUGAAGUUUUGGAAAGAAGCAAUUAUAGCUGAAAGUAUACGUCGACAUAAAUGUUCAUAUUCUGCCAGUGAACUUAAGACAUGGUUUGUCUAUCAAGGACGUACACCCAUGUGUCUAUUGAAUGUAAUAGAAGAUAUGUAUAGAGACGGUACCAUUAAGUCAAAAACUGAAUUUCAACAAAUGCAAAAUCAAACUCAGUGUAGCUGGUCAAAUUGGGCAGUAAAUACAUUAGUAAAGAAUCCAUUGUCAUGGUCAGUUGGCAAAGUGAAAAAUUCAUUAGUAUCAUCUUCAAAACCUUUUGAUGAUAAAACUGACUAUGUAAAUCUUCAACUAGUAGAGAGUCAAGCAAAUGAACUAUUUAGUGUGUUAGCUGUGAAUGAAAAAUCUCUAAUUUUUUUUAUGGAUGACAUUCAAAAACGUCUCAAUGAUCUAUGGAAUGAUGAUAUAUCAAUUCAAACUACAGAAUUAAUAGUACACUCAUUAGAAAUUUGUAAUAAAGCUUAUGUUGAACACGGGGAACAUUUAAUUGCUAACAAAACUCUGGUUAAAAUUGCCGGUUUUGGUAAAAAUGUAGAACCAAUAUCUGAUCUAGAAAAAAAUUUUUUUAAACUAAAGGAAGCAGAAAAAAUAUUAAUUGGUGAAAUUAGUAAUUUAGACAAAGAGAAAGAAUCUCUUAUUAAAGAAGCAAAAAUGUAUGUUGCUAAAAAUAUGAAACCUAUUGCCCUUUCAUAUCUACGAAAAAAAAAAGAAGUUGAAAGGCGAAUUGAAAAACAGCUCAAUUCACUCGACAAUAUUCAAGCAAUGGUUUCUAGAAUUGAAGAAUCAAAAUAUAACUCUGAGGUUUUGAAAUCUUAUGGAACUGGACUGUCUGCUUUAAAACUAUCUUCAAAAGACACUGGUUUAACAAUUGAUAAUGUAGAUGAAACUAUGGCAGAAUUAGCAGAGGUAUUAGAAGAACAUCGAGAUAUACAAUCUGCUCUUGGCAAACAUAUAAUUGAAGACAAGCAUAAUGAAAAUGAAUUAGAAGAUGAGUUAGCUGAUCUACUGAAUGUAGAUGAAUCUAUUUGUUCUAGCAAGGAAAAACACCAUGUUCCUGAUUUACCAGAAGUACCAGACAACAGUAUUGAAAAUGAAGAAUUUGACCUUGAUCAAAGAUUCCAGAUGUUAAGAGAACAUUAAAUAUUUAUUUAUUCCCUUUGCGCUAAUCUGUACAUACUACAAAUUUUUAAUAAAAAUAUCAAUAUAUUAAAAUA